CAGUUCAAUCACCAAUCAUCAUGUUGCCCUAAUCGGUAUCUGGCCUUAUAUCGAACCUUGCUCUUGUUCCUGCACAACCGCAAACCAGUCAUGUCGCAGUCGAUAUUGUCGGCCUCGGCGAAAGGGGCCACCUUUCUCAUUCUCCUGCAGGUUGCCUCGAGGGCCCUUACAUUUGCCGUCAAUCAAGUCUUGCUCAGAUUUCUGUCUCCAGAGCUUCUUGGAGUCUCGGCUCAGCUGGAGCUCUUCUCGAUCUCUGUGCUAUAUUUCGCACGAGAAAGUCUUCGUGUUGCUCUCCAGCGUCAGGCGCAUGGAACACAAGCUGUCGUCAAUCUUGCCUAUCUUGCAGUCAUCACUGGGCUGCCCCUGACAUACAUCCUUGCACACUUCUGGCUUCGAUCGGACACGCCCAACGUAGCUCACUUCGCAGAGGCUUUGAGCUUGUACUGCAUCGCAACCGUUAUCGAGCUUCUGACUGAACCAGCGUUUUCAGCCGUACAGCAAAAGUUACUUUACAAAGUUCGCGCUUCUGCCGAAAGUACCGCUACUCUUCUGCGAUGCUUUGGGACUUGCGGAUCUGCGAUUUUAGCAAGCCGCCUCGGCGUCGACAUUGGGGUUUUGCCGUUCGCCAUUGGACAGCUGGCUUAUGCUUUGGGACUAUUGGUUGUGUAUCUCUACAACAUGUGGCCAAUUGCACGCAAUGAACAAUUUACGCUUCUCCCGAGCCAGCUCGCAUCUACAACGGAGACCUCUACCGUCUUCAGAUACUUCUCGACACCUCUCCUCCGGCUCACAGGGUCUUUGACCUUACAGUCAGCUCUGAAGUAUAUCCUGACACAGGGCGAUUCACUUCUGAUCACAAAGUAUACUUCCCUUGCCGACCAGGGCGCCUAUGCUCUUGCGUCAAACUAUGGAGGUCUGAUCGCUCGAAUGCUAUUCCAGCCCAUUGAAGAGAGUAGCCGCAAUAUGUUCGCAAAGCUGUGUGCGAGCUCUGAAUCAGCGUCAGACGCGACAAAGACCGAUAACGGUCCGCGGGAGCAGGAGCAGAGGCGUAACCUAUCCCAAGCAGCAAAGGUCUUGACCGUCAUCCUGCGCCUAUACGCGAUCGUAUCAUUGUUUGCCGUUACUCUAGGUCCCACGCUCGCACCGCUUCUUUUGUCAGUUGUUGCAGGUAAGAAAUGGUCUGCAACCAACGCGUCGAACGUUCUCGCUACGUACUGUUACUACAUACCCUUCCUUGCCAUCAAUGGAGUCACAGAAGGGUUCGUGGCUGCUGUUGCAACCAACAAACAACUUUAUGUGCAGUCAAUCUCCAUGGGCUUCUUCUUCGCGGCAUUUGCUGGCAGCGCCUGGUUCUUCCUUGGACAAUUACAGCUCGGUGGCAGUGGAGUGGUGCUUGCAAACACAGUCAACAUGGCACUGCGCAUCGUUUGGAAUACGUGGUUCACCACGAGGUUCUUCAACCAAAAAGGAACGCCUUUUGAGUUGUCAGCCAUCUUACCAUCAAUGACAUCGCUCGCGCCAGCAGUCGUCAUUCCUACGUUGAUGAAGAUGAGACCUGGCUUCAGAUAUCUUGCAAAAUUUGGUGUACUUGGGGAGUUGGUCAGUAUGGGCGCCGUGGCUGGUCUUUAUGCUCUGCACGUUCUCUUCUUCGAGCGCCAAUUCCUUCUCGAAUGUUAUCGCAUGCUAAAGCCUGCACGAUCUGCUCAGCCAACCAAGGCGCAGUAGGAGGUAGUCAGUUUCUGAGACAACGACUUAUUCUUAGUAAAUUGUCUAGCAAGACAGGGCUACAGCAAUGGCGCUGUUGCCUCAUAUCCAGCGGUAGAACAACAAUCAUGUAGCAUUUGUACACCCCGCAGCGACCUGACCCCAGUCUCGCGUAGCUCGCCGCGACUAGCGUCAGAGUUUUCCACCUGCAGGCACAGAAGUCAAACCAAACGUCAUCGCAGACACACUUCCUCAGCAUCAAAUAUUGGCGCAUCACCAGACACACUUCAAGGCCAUCUUUUAGGUAAAAAGGGGGGUAACAGAAACUGUUCGGAAACGCAAGUACUCAAGUCGAGAUCUCUUCGGAGUCAUAGCGCAGUCUCUAUUCUUGUUUCGAUAUUUCUCGGGG